AUGAGUAACUCUAGUUAUUACGAUGAUCCGCCCGACCUUAUUGCAAAAAGCCUUGUUGAUAGCAGCAGAAGCAAAAACAGCGCCUGUCCCAACCAACUGUGUCACCUAGCCGUACUGGAGGAUUCAGGAGAAGACGAUAAGCAGCAGAUUGUCCAGGCCCUCAUCGACAACCAACGAACGCUCGAAUAUGUAGGACUGAUUGAAGCAGACCGAGGUCCCAGCUGGUCGUCCGUGUUCAGAUCGCUUCAUCUAUCCAAUCUACAUACGUUGGUGUGCGACGGCAUUGAAUUCGAAAUUAACGCUCUCAUUGCCAUGCUCAAUCAAUGUCCUGCUCUGGAUACCUUGGAACUGACAUUGUAUUACCAGCCUGCAACACUGGAACUGUCUACUCUUGCAUCACUCGCGACGUUAACCAGAUUACGCUCUCUGUUACUCAGUGGAUUUACAUUUGCAAACGAACUCUGCGUAACGACGAUGCUUGAACGAUUUCCUGCGUUGGAAAAGCUUUGCGUUUACUAUGCAGAGUUUCCUCUCAAUCGAGACGCGGCAAAUUUGAUGCGCAACUCAAGAUUGAGCCACCUGGAACUCUGUAUGAUCAGGUUGAGUGACGAAGCUCAAGUAAUUGCUUUAUCCGAAUUUUUCUCGCUGGUGGUAUGCAAACCAGGGCUCGUGACACUGCGACUACUCCAGAUGCCACAGACCACAAAACGCAUGCUCAAUGGGAUUCCCGGUGUCCCUACACUCAGACACCUUGAUAUUGACCUCGCUGAUGUACAGUGGGAAGCGGAGCAGGAGGUGGGUUUAGUAUCGUUCGUCAAGGGGCUACAGGCCGGCAGCAUCAUUCAAAAUUUGACUUUUCGUGGUUUGGAUUACUAUGCUUCUUUGGAUGAUGGUGCUGUCAUUGAUGCAUUAAGCGAACUGCCGUUUUUGAACGAGCUCGCUUUGCAGACUCCUAACGUCAUGACCGCGGCCAAGGAUUCUUUACAAGAGGAUCUCGACCUAGCUGGCAACAUCCUGUCGUUACUUUGUAAGAGCAAAAGUCUGAACAGGGUUGUUCUGUACAAGGCUUCCACAUUAAGCAAAUUCCCCCAAAAACCCACCAUUGAUCAAGUACUUGUGCAGAAUGAAGUAUCAGAACAGUACUCGGUAACUGAUGGUGAUCAUAAAACCAACAGAGUUGAUGGCGCUAUUCUUACAUCUCUGACGAUAGCGCGAGCGUAA